AAGUAAACAUGGCUGAAGACAGUCUGAUUGAAAACGAUGAUGAAAACAUUUUAUACGAUUUACUUGUUAUUACUGAAUGGCCUUCAGAGACGGACACUCAGUUACGAGGCAGUAAAGAGCACAGCACCUCCAUCAUUGCAAAAGCUGUGACAGGGCCUUUCCGGUUAGUUCUGCAUUAUUUGUGGUACAGCCCGACCAGCUCGUCUCUGCCUCCUGGCCUCGUCCGACUGGCAAACAAGCAGAUCAACUGGCAACUCAUCUUAGCAAGUAAUGGCAAACUGUUGGCAGUGGUACAGGACCAGUGUGUGGAGAUAAGGUCUGUGAGGGAUGACUUCUGCUCCGUCAUUGGGAAAUGCCAGGUGCCAAAGGACCCAAACCCACAGUGGCGCCGGGUGGCAUGGAGCCCUGACUGCACCCUGCUGGCAUACGCCGACAGCACUGGCACUGUGCGCGUCUUUGACCUCAUGGGCAGCGAACUCUUUGUCAUCCCACCGGUGGUGAGUUUUCCUGGAGAUUUCAGUUGUGCAGUGGCAGGCCUGAUCUUCCUGGAGUACACUGCCAGCGCUCAGUGGUCUGCAGAGCUGCUUGUUAUCACAUAUGGUGGUGGGCUUAAGAGCUACCUAGUCAGCGUCGGAACCAAUCAGAACUUCCAGGAGAACCACAGUUUCAGUUUCUCUGCCCACUACUCCCAUGGUAUCACUUCAGCUAUUUACCACCCAGGACACCGAUUGCUGCUUGUGGGAGGCUGUGAGUCAGGGGAUGACAGUACCUCCAAGGCCUCCUGCUGUGGGAUUACGGCCUGGAGGGCUCUUUCUGGUUCACCGCAUUACAAGCAGGUCACAAGCUAUGAGGACGAUGUCAACACGAAUCCAAAGAGAGGUUUCUUCAGGAUCCCCAGCUUUAGAUUCUUUUCCAGACAAGGAGAUGAAAAGGACGGUGUAUUCCGCAUGAGUCUGAGCCCCGAUGGCACCCUGCUGGCUGUCAUCCACUUCUCCGGUCGUCUUUCUCUCUGGGACGUCCCCUCGCUCAAACAGAGGGCCACAUGGAGCCAAGACCAACAGCCAGGAUUUGAGGAGAUCAACCCAGAGUGGAAGACAUCGCUGGAGAGAAGGAAGAAAAUAAAAGAUAAGGAGCAGUUCUACCCGCUGGUAGAUGUGAGCUGGUGGAGUGACAAUGUGCUGAUUCUGGCGCGCUGUUCCGGCUCUGUCACCGUCUCGUCUGUCAGGACCCUUCGUAAUCUCCUGGGAAAAUCCUGCGAAUGGUUUGAGCCCUCUCCCAGAGUCACUGCUGCACACGACGGGGGCUUCCUCAGUCUGGAGUGUGAGGUAAAACUUGCACAGAAGCGUGGGCGCCUGGAGAGCAACCUUAGCAGCGGGGCCAGUGAGGAUGAGGAUGCUGACGAUGGCGGAGACUCUGACUCAGAUGAAGAGUCCUCAGCCAAAGCCCGCUACUUCGGCUACAUCAAGCAGGGGCUCUAUUACGUGACUGAGAUGGAACGCUUUGCCCCGCCACGUAAGCGCCCCCGCACUGUAAUCAAGAACUACCGCCUGGUUAGCCUGAGGUCAACAACACCAGAAGAACUGUACCAAAGGAAGAUAGACAAUGAGGAAUAUGGCGAGGCUCUGUCUCUCGCUCAGGCGUAUAACCUGGACUCUGACCUGGUCUAUCAGAGACAGUGGAGGAAGAGUACCGUCAGCAUUGCAUCAAUACAAGAUUAUCUGAGUAAAAUCCGCAAGCGUUCAUGGGUCUUGCACGAGUGUGUGGAGCGAGUCCCAGAGAAUGUUGACGCAGCCAAGGAGCUUCUGGAAUAUGGCCUGAAGGGAACUGACCUUGAAGCGCUCAUAGCUAUAGGAAACAGAGAAGAUGGGGGCAGGUUCAUCAUGCCGGGUGAUGUUGACCUCGACGACCUUCCCUAUGAUGACAUCCUGUCUGAUGAUGAAGAACUGGAGAUGAAGAAGGAGAGGGAGAGCAAGAGGCGACAAGAGCUGUUAUCCAGGAUUGACUUCAGCAGGCUGACACUGGAACAGAAGGAGCUGUGUCGGAGCAGGCUCAAAUUGCUCUCAUAUCUGGACCGACUGGCAACAUACGAGGAGAUUCUCGGUGGUCCUCAUGCAGCAGAGCAGAAGUACGACGCAGAGUUCUUCAAGAAGUUCCGCAGUCAAAAUAUUGUUUUGUCGGCGAGAAACUACGCGAGGGAGAGUAAUGUGCAGGCUCUGGAUAUUCUGUUCACGUACCAUGGAGCAGAACUUCUUCAACAUCGGCUAGCUAUCCUGUACAACUUCCCAGAAACCACAUCUCCACAUGAGUAUACCAUCCUGCUACCCGAGGCCUGCCUGGACGACAAAGAAGAGUUGGUGUUGAUUCCAUGGGACGAGCAGAGACACAGAGAAAUGGACUGGUGCGAAACAGAGGAAUGCAGAGCGGUCCUGGACCAACACAUGUUUGAUGAUGACAGUUUUCUGUAUGACGAGUGUCCAGAGCUGCUGAGGUUCCGCACAGCGACGCCCUCCAUCCAACUACUGACCGACUGGUACCAGAGCAGAGCCCAGGAUAUCGACUCCUGCUCCCGACAGGUCGACUGUGCCCUGUCUCUGGUGCGUCUGGGAAAGGAGCGGGAGAUCCCAGGGUUAGAGCUCUUGUGUGAUGAUCUGGUCACCAUGGAAACACUCGUGUAUGAGACAUCAUGUGAAUUGAGUCUGACACUUAAUGAUCUGCAACAGCUCAGGGACAUUGACAAGCUCCGCCUGCUCAUGAAGAACUCCAGCCCAGAGCGCUACGUGAAAGACGCCCUCCAGUGGAUGGUGCCGUUCCUGCACCGCUGUGAGGGGCAGAAAGUGGGUGUGUCCAAGUCUCUACUCAGAGAGUAUCUGGUCAGUGUGGCCCAGCACGACCUCACCCUGCCCCUCAUCAUCUUCCAGCACUCCAAACCUGAUUGCCAACAGAAGAUCAUAGGGGACCCAGACCAGCUGAUGGAGGUCGCUCUGGAGUGCAUCUACAGCUGUGAGAGAGAUGACCAGCUCAGCCUCUGUUAUGACAUCCUGGAGUGCCUUCCACAGAGAGGCUAUGGGCCGCAGACAGACAUCACCCCAUCGCUUCAUGAUCAGGUGGACAAACUGGAGAAACACCUCAGUGUUGCAGAAGUACUGGAGAAACACGGUUUGCAGAAGCCCAUCUCGUAUGUGAAGAACAGCCAGAACAGUGAACAAGAAGCCCACCAGCUGAUGGUCAAAUUGUGCCGCCACACUGGCCGCAAAAAUCCUCCAGUAAGCGAGACGGUGUGGAGAGGGCUGCUGCAGGACCUGCUUGACAUGCAGCAGAACGUCUACAUAUGUCUUAAGCCAGAGACAUGUCAUCAGGUCUUUGUGGAGUCCCUGCUGUGCUCCAGUCUUGUGGAGAACGUACGCUUGGCAGGGCAGCUCAUGCAUUGCUCUAAGGUCAGUCAGGAUGUUCCUGUUAGCUUGUCUUUCCGGGGGAAAAGUUAUGCUCUAAAGGUGGCUUACAACAGCAGUGUCGAAUUGGUGUUGGCUGCUGCCAGAGAAUACUUCAACUCCUCCACAACGUUGACAGACCCCUGCAUGAGCCUGGCUAGGACGUGUCUCCAGCUGAUCACAGACUGUCCUCCGGCUAUCCAGGAAGAGCUGGACCUCAUUAGUGCCCUCAGUCAGCUGGAAGACUUCAGUGUCAGCAUCUUGCCUCUUCAAGUGCGUCUGCGUUCAGAUCGGCUGUCUCUAAUAGAGGAGUGCAUCGCCCACUGUUCCACGGCUUACAGGCAGUCGACGACUCUGCUCAAUCUGGCUUCACUUCUCAGAGUGGCAGGAGAUGACGAGGCCACGCGAAAAGGCCAAGUGCUGACCCUGCUGGCAGAGCAAGCCCUUCAGUGUUUAGACUUCAAGGCCUCAUAUAUCCACUGUCAGGAUCUCAUGGCUGCAGGUUACAGUCCAGCAUGGGAGGUGUGCAGUUUGCUCGGUCAGUGUGAGGGCUACGGAGACCUGGAGGCCCGACAGGAGCUGUUGGCCUUUUCUCUCACCCACUGUCCCCCUGAUAAUAUUCACGGGCUCUUGGCUGCCUCCAGUGACCUGCAAACCCAGGUGUUAUACCAGGCAGUUAACUAUCAAAUGGAGCCUGUUAUUACCGAGAAUUCACGACAGGCCGAUGAGACAGACUCUCUAAAGGCCGGUGCUUCCGCUGUGGGCUCUCCUGUGGGGAAAGCAGGUGACUUGCUACACAGAACUACAGCUAAGACCAUGGAAGUGCUGACCACUACGGGGCUGACCACGAAGGCUGUGCUGACCGCUGUCAGCGACCAUCGCUGGUGGAAGGAAUCGCUCAACUACCUCAGGCCCCUACACGGUCACGGCGAAGGAGCCACCAGUCAAGAAGGGGCGUAUGAGAACUCCAACCUGGAGCGUCAAGGCUGCAGCCCUUUUUAUCAGGAACUCAUUGAUGAUCCCUAUGUAGACCCGAGUCAAGACGUGUAUUCAUCUUACAAAGACGUGCGGCAGGAAAACUUUGCAGAGGUUUUAUUAAGGACUGGCAAACUGGCUGAAACGAAAACUGAAGGACAAACUCUGUUUCCUGCUACAGAGGUUUUGCUACAGCUGGCCAAUGAUGCAUUUCCCAGGGACAUGAUGCUGGCUCUGUCCUACUUACUGGCCCUGCCUCAGGUUCUCGAUGCCAACAAGUGUUUUGAGAAACAGUGUCACUCAGCCUUGUCGCUGCAGCUGGCUGCCUAUUAUUACUCCCUGCAGAUCUACUCCCACCUCGUACCCUGCUUCAAGGACAAGAACCACACUCUAUACCAGGCUGAUCCCAAGGAGAUGAUACGGUUGGUCACACAGCAUGUAUCUGCAUAUUCUGAUUGGCCAGAGGAGCUGCAGAAGUUGAUCAACCAGCUGCAUGUGUAUAACGAGCGCCUGACAGACUUCACCCAGGCCCAGGUGUUACAGGGGCUGGGCCGUGGCGUGGACAUUCAGCGCUUCAGCUCUGAUCCAGACUACAAGAAGGAGACCAUCCUUGGCCUCACAGAGACACUAGAUGACGGCGUUUACAGAAUCGCUCUGUCUCUGGCCAAGCGCUACAGCGUUCCUCUGUGGGAGGUCUACAUGACUCACCUGGAGUUCCUUUUUACAGACAGCGGUCUUUCCACCAAGGACAUUGAAUCCCGAAGCCAGUCCCUUGGUCUGUUUGACACUUUGAAGUGUAACCCCCAGGCCUUUUACAGCCACAUGACCAAGUAUGUUCUACCAAGUGUGGAGGGAACUGAUAUGGACCGUCUGCUGUACUACUACACCUUAUUAGACGCUGCAGGCUGCGAACCUUUCGUCUCCACCAUCAUCAAGCCAGACUCCCAUGUCAAACUGCUAAAGAAGCUUCGAGCUGUCGCCAUCGGAUUGGAUUACCGUAAUCUGACUGAUGAAUCCUCAGAUCCGCUGGUCACCCUAGAGCCUGUGUUGACCAGUCAAAAUGUGCUUUCCAUCUCCAAACUUGCCAAUCGGUUGCCGGUGCCUGAUGGUGGAGGGAAAACAGUCUCCCCUAGUGCAGUUCAUGCAGUGUGGCUGCAGAAGCUGUUUUGGAAAGGAGACCCCCAACUGCUGAAAAGACCUCCAAACAGCGACCAAGAUUACCUCCACGCUUAUGACACAUGCGCCAAAUACUUAGACAGGCUGGUCCCUGCUGAUGCGAUCCAUUUCCUGGACAACAUCACCUUCUCACCUGAUGCAGUUAAACAUCUGACCAUCCAGGCGAGGUCGGAGGUGAUAAAGCGAGCCACCAAAGCCCUCCGCCAGCUGGGCGAGAAGAACAGGAAACGAGGAGGCAACGGCGGUGGAGAGCAGGAAAGCGCAGACCCAGCGGGGAUGACUUUUGAUGAGGCUCUCGCACACCUGCAGCAGUCACAGGCCCACCUGGACACUCUGAGCCAUGCCUUCAUUCUGUCAUUCAAAGACAGCCAGCAGGAACAGCUGCAGGGUUACAGCCAACUUUACGAUUUGUCCCGAUCAGAGAGGUCAAAAGUACACGAGCUGGCAGUCACCAUGGCGACUGACGGCCAGCCUCUGGAGAACAUUGGAGAGCUUCUCAGUGUGGUCGUAGGAGCGUUGGACCUGUCCGUCAAAACCGUGCUCCACGAUGCAGUGGAGAGAGUAGUGGCUGCACUCAGUGGAGACCCCGAUGCCCUGACAAAUUACCCACAACCCCUCAGGGUCUUGGAAGCCAUGGUGACCGCUGUGCACAACAGUGUGCAGAGUGGCAACACUGAUAUGGUGACUUCGGACGACCUUCUGGCCUGGUUGCGUCCAUUCUGUGGAGAUGCGUCACUUCCCGUGCGGCCGCGGAUAGAUGUGCUGCAGAUCCUGGAAAACAACUUCAGCCUCAAAGACAGCGAUGUUCGUCUCCUGCUGCUCUAUAGAACUCAGGCUGUUCUCAAAGACAGAGAGAUCCAGAUAGACGACGUGGAGAACGAAGACAAAAGAUACGCCUUGUUCCUGGAACUUCUUAACGCCGCACAGAACUGGGAGGAGUUUCAGCUUCUCAUUCUUCUUCUACAAGCAUGGCCUCCCAUGAUGAAGGACGAAGUGGCAGGGACGGACCGUAACCCAUGGGUGGUGCUGACCUCGACCCUGCUGACCCGCAACGUAGGGUCAGAUGUCAAAUUAGACCUUGGUCAGCAGGUUGUCAUCAUGGUGCGAUCCCUCUACAACACCAGGCACAAGCUCCCUGUGCAGUGUGUCAGAGACAUAGCCACGCUGCUGCUCCAACACCAGCCGAGCCUCCAGCAGUCUGCGCUCAAGCUGAUGGCCGAGACCAGCGAUGAGCAGCUGCUGAAGCUGACUCUGGAUCAGAUCAACGGCAUGACUGCAGAGGCCGCUUCCUCCUGCGACGCCGAGCUCCUCUCUUUACUCCUGGACGCCGGGCUCCUGGUGGGCUGCGUCUCCUCGGCUCUGUACCCUCUGCUCAGCUCUCACAUGCUGUCCCACCAGCAGGAGGGCGGCUGGGACGUACAGAAAGCCGCCGCGGAGCUUCUGGCGGCAGGCCACGGACCCGAGGCGGGCUCCCUGCUGCUGGCGCACCGCGGAACCCACCAGGCUCAGUUCACCUUCAACUCCGCUCUGGCUGUUCUCAGGAAGUGGCUGUGAGCGGGAGGGAGGUGUGAGGAGGCGACGCAGUUUGGACCGCAGCCACGCAGCGCGGUGAUGAAGCAGUUUUCAGGAAAGAGUGUGGGAAGUGGAAUUAGAUUGGAUCGAGAUCUGAGGAAAUCAGCAUGAGGCAAGAAUAGAAGUGAUAUCAGGCCGUACCUCUGUAGUUUGUUCUUUAAUUGGAUCGCGGGUUCAUCAACUGUAGACGUGUCAACUGCAUCUGCAGUGUCUGCCUUGAAGGUAGAGGAGCAGAUACCUUUAAUAAGGAAACAUCUGUUCGAUUAGAAACAUGAUCAGGCUACACACAAACACACAAACACACAAACACACUCAACCUGCGCUGUCUCUCAGUCAUGAAUGAAUAUUUUGAUCUGGAAAAACAGUGACUGCUCAGGUUUGCGUUCAUGUGUGUGUGUGUGUGUGUCGAGUCCUAUUGUGUGAUAAAGUAAUUGAGCAGUAGCCGGGAAGCAGUGGGUGGAUAUUAGCCCAUUGUUCCGUGACAGGUUUGCCUCUUUGACGUCCCAUCGUUAAACACCCUGCCUCUGCUUCAUUGUUUUCCCCCUAAUAAUGUCUAAUUAAUUCCUUCUAAACAAAUUAGCCCCGCAGCUGCCCCACGCUGUGUGUACAUGUGUGGAUGCAAAGCACUGUAUACAAGCGGCGACGACACAAUGGCAUCACGUAGAGCUAAUGAUGAUGAGGAAUAAAUUUGUAUGUAUGCGGUUACACAGUUAGCCUGUCAGCAUGGUUAGUUUCACUUAAUAAAACACCACUUUUUAAUCUGUUCCACCAUACAUGUGAAAUAAACACAGUUCUAUUAACCCGA